AUGCGUCUCACGUGUCUCCUAAUAAUUUCAGCCAUAUUUUUGGCUGAAAUUCGUGCGGAAGGUGUGGAUGCGGACUUGCGGCAGAAGACGGUAGGCUUCCGCGCGGCUCCAAAAAAUCCCAAAUUCAAUUUCAGGAUGAGCAAGACGCCGAUUCGUCCACCGAAAAAGAGACAUUUUCGGGCUCCGUCGAUGAGUACUGUAACAAAUUCGAGAAACAUUACUCAUAUUAUUGUACCGGAUCGGAGAGCACAGACACUACUAAUAAUAUGAGCAAGGAUUUUUGUCCGAGCUACAAAAAAGUGUGUGCGACGAAGAAGGAAGUUACACAAAGUCUGACGUCGUGGCCAGAAAAUCCGUUUGAGAAGAGGAUUACUACUGUGGGGAACUCGGCGGAAAUUGUUGGAAGUUCGAGAAAAUCUGGAGGAAGAUCUAGGAAAUUUCGAGAAGAUCGAGAUUCGGAAGAGGAUGAGAGUGUUUAUUAUGAGGAAUUGAGAGUUAGUGCAACUUUUGGGGCUGAAAAUCCUGAUUUUCAGAAUUCUAGACAAGAUUUUCGUGCUGAAAACACUGAAAUCGUUGAUUUUCAGCAAUUUUCAGUGAUUUCAGCGUUUUCAGCGCAAAAUUUCAGCCAGGAAACUUUCUUCCAGCUAAAUAAAAGCUAGAAAAAGUUAUCCAAAGUCUGAAUUUUUGUGUUUAAAACGUUGGAAUUGGUGAUUUUCAGCAAUUUUCAGUGCUUCCAGCAUUUUCAGCACAAAAUUUUGAUCUAGAAAAUUUUUUCACCAAAAAAUUGGGCUGGAAAAAGCUAUCCAAACUGUUUUUGGCUGAAAAUCCAGAUUUUCAGAUUUCUAAAUCAGAAUUUUUCGCUGAAAAUCAUGGAAUACCUCAAUUUCAGCGAUUUUCAGUGAUUCUAGCAGUUUCAGCGUAAAAUUUUGACCUAGAAAAAUUUUUCAGCAAAAAUUGAGCUAUCCAAACUGUUUUUGGCUGAAAAUCCAUGUUUUUUCAGCCAAAACUUUUCUAGACCCAAAUUUCGUGCUGAAAACGCUGGAAUUCUCCAUUUCCCACCUACAGUACUCCUACAGUACCCUUUUUGCAGCGUCGUUACCCCUGCAAACCCGAUUGUGAUCAACGCAUCUUCCCGCAUUGCACAACAAAAUGCAAAUGUGACUACAUUUAUCCGGUUGUACAGCGAUUCUGUAAUCCACCUCCAAUGCCAUUAUUCCUGAAUACAUGCAGGUACGGUAGCUACAGUACUCCUAGUUGAAUUUGGCGCGAAAAUCUGAUCAUUUUGAUAUAAAAAUCGAUAUUUUUGGGUCAAUUUCGACCAAUUUUCAUGAUUUUCGCGCCAAAAUCUACAGUAUUCCCCCCUAAAUACCGUAAUCUUCAGAUUAUGGUAUCAUGGAUGUCCACAGUAUGAAAGAUAUCACUAUGCUUCACAAUUCAUCUACUCGAAAGCCAAUAAGGGAAAAGUUUUGCGUGAGUUCGGCUGAAAUUAUUGAUUUUCAGCGAUUUUCACGAAUUCCAGCGUUUUCAGCACAAAAUUUCAGAAAAAUUCCCCAAAUUUCAGUGAAAUCACAACUUUUCUGGCUGAAAUUUUGUGCUGAAAACGCUGGAAUCGCUGAAAAUCAACAAUUCCAGCAUUUUCAGCACAAAAAACUGAUCUAAAACCCCCAAAUUUUCAGCCGGAGCACCAGAUCAAAGCAAUCCCUACAACAUCCCAGCUCCAAUGCCUCUCGGCCGUCACAAAAACCGCGCAAUGGCCCUGGCUCCAAUUUUGCGCCGUCAAAAACGUGACGCGGAAGCUCCGGAAGCGGAAAAACUCGAGCUAAUCAUUCCGCCUCCAGUUCCAGAAGCAUUUUUAAGACGCGCCGAAGAGAAACAGCUGGAAAGGUACGGUUUGUCAGCUCGAACAUCGCUGAAAAUCCCCCCGAAUUUUCAGCCCGCGAAAAUCGCGACGCGUCAGAAAAUCGCGAAGAUCUUCGUCGCAUCGACGACGGCGACUUCGACGACAUCGCAACAAUUAUUAUUCGACACCAACUACACCAAGACCAUUGACACCAAGGGAAUUGUGGAGGGCGUUGAAGUGAGUGGGGGGCCAAGGGGACCAGCAGGCCUGAGAAAGGCCUAUUUUUGAGUCCAAACAAGCCUAGGUCUGAAAAAGGCCGAUUUUUUGAGUCCAAACAAGCCUAGGCCUGAAAAAGCCCUAUUUUUUGAGUCCAAACAAGCCUAGGCUUGAAAAAGGCCUAUUUUUUGAGUCUAAACAAUCCUAGGCCUGAAUAAAACCCUAUUUUUAAGCCUAAACAAUCCUAGGCCUGUGAAAAGCCUGAUUUUUGAGUCUAAAUAAGCCUAGGAACAUUCUUAGCGCUGAAAAAAUUCAAAUUUCAACAUUACCCGCCAGAAAAGCCACGUGUAAACGCGGAGCGUCGUUGUUUUCAGUCAAAAAUUGUUUUUGAAUAGGAAAACAACGAUGCUGCGUGCUUACACCGUGAAAAACUGCAUUUUAGAGCUUUCCCGCCAAAAAACACUCAAAACCCCUCAUUUUUCCCGCCAAAACCCACAGUACCCCCCACUCCAGGAAAAUCAACGGAAUCACAUCGGGUCCCGACGCGAUUGGCGUCAAAUCCUCGCCGGCCACUUUAAAGGGACAGACCGAGAAAGGAGGUCUCGAUGGAUUUUUGGAGUCUCUAGGCGAAAACCAACAAAAUCCGAAUACUGCCACGUGGCAAGGCGUUGGUGGGUACUACAGUAACCCAUAAUGUUCAUAUGUGUCUAUGUCCCUUUAAUAUUUAACCCCGUGUGCCUUUAAUAAAGCUUUUUGUAAUACACUGUGUGUCAACGAAAAUUUUGAAUUUCAAAUUUUUCGCGCUGAACUAAAUGUAUGUGUAAACGCGGAGCAUCGUUGUUUGAAAAAAAAAUCAAAUUUUUAGCCGCAGAUCCACGAACUUUCACCAAAGAAUUGGUGGAAAACUUGAAACCCGAGGAAAAAAGUGAGUUUUUCGGAGAUUUUCAGCAAAAUUCUGGAAUUUUCCAGCAACAGAGAUGAAAACUCGAAUAAUUUCGCCUGGAUUACGAACUGCCACCGUUGCCCAAGAGCCAUCGGAGCAAAAAUCAACCGGAAAAGCUAGGUAACACUGGGGAAUUUUGCGCAUUUUUGAUUUUCAGCACAAAAUUUCAGCCUAGAAAAAGAUUACCCAAAAAAAGUUGCUUUUUGGCUAAAAUUUUUUGCUGAAAAUGCUGGAAAAUUAGUAAUUCUAGUGUUUUCAGCACAAAAUUUCAAGCUUCUGGUUUCACUGAAAUUUUGUGCUGAAAAUCACCAAUUUUAUCAUUUUCAGCCUGAAAUAUAGGUUUAGAACACUUUUGCAAAGCUAAUAAGCUUCAGAAAAAGCCUUUCGCACAAAAUUUCAGUUAAAAAAGCUCAUCGGCUGCAAUCUCGUGCUGAAAACGAUGGAAUCACUGAAAAUCAGUGAUUCCAUCGUUUUCAGCACAAAAUUUCAGCCUGUUAGUCGAAUUUUCCACAAAUUCCCUAACCUUCAGAACGCAUCAAGUUCCAAUUCUGCCAGCCGAUUCCGAGUUCGCUCAAUUCGCCGCCAAUUCUCCCAACGACUUCAACGCGCUAUCCGACAGUCGUGGUCUGGUUCACCAGGUUCGAAGUCGUUCGCCGUUCACAAAACCCGGAUUGUGGGAGCCGAAUCCGGCCGAUCCGCACAGCAGAGAUCCACCCAAUAAAUAUUGGUAUCAUCCCGAAUCUGUCGGUGUUGAUUGGCUCAAUGGACAGGUGAGCAGCGAAUUUUGGGGGUGUUUUGAGCGCGCAAUUCGCGCUCAGCGGGGGAAAUAUGAAAAUUUUGAAUUUUUGACGAGAAAUAUCACAUUUUACAAUAAUAAUACCGUAAAAUUCGAGCUCAGCGUGCUCGAAUUUCCCGGGAAAUAUGAAAAAUUCAAAUUUUAGGACAAAAAAAUUAAAAAUUACAAAAAAACACUUUUGUGGUGAGAGCCGCACGCUGCGCCUUUAAAAUACUGUAUUUUCCAACAUUUUGAGCACAAAAUUCGUGCUCAGCGUGCUCGAUUUACCCGGAAAUAUCAAAUUUUAGGACAAAAAAUAAAAAUUUACAAAAAAACCUGUUUUUUUCAAGUUCGUGGCGUGACCUGUAAGCCGUACAUUAUGCGCCUUGAGAAUACCGUACUCUCCAACAAUUUAAGCACAAAAUUCGUGCUCAGCGUGCUCGAUUUACCCAGAAAACCAGAAAUUUAGGCUGAAAAAUUCUUUUUUUUCGAAAAUAAAAAAACCAAUCGCUUCGAGACCCGCGCGCCACACACGCUGCGCCUUGAAAAUACCGUAGUCAUUUUUGUGUGUUUUUUUUUCAUUUUUUCUCAAAAUUCCUGUUUUUCAGCUGCAAUGGGGAGGACAUUGGGCAGUUCCAGCUGCUGGAGUUGGAGGAACUGCUGGAAUGAGUGCUGUGCAUUUCCCAACAAUUGGAAGUUUUCUCAAUAUUCCUGAUGAUUAUGAUUAA